UUUUGACACAAGGGUAGCAAUUUCGGGGGAGGGAGAAAGUCAAUGGAGCCCAGUGUUCAACUGGUGCUUAUUCUAUCGACUCCGCAAGGGUGGAAGUUAACGACGGUAAAAUUUGAACUCAGAACGUCAAAGCGGACGACAUGCCACCAAGCAUUUCAUCCGGCAUGUUAAUGAAUCUGACAGCUCGCCGCUUUGCUGAUAACGUUUUCAGAUAUGCGAACUAUACUGUGGAAACCUCACAAGUCCCGAUAGUAAAUCACUCAAUUCACAAUGAUAAUCGGAGUUAUCUACCUUGACAAUCACGUGACGUAUAGAGGGAGAUUUAAAUUCCUUCUGUGUGAGUCUUUAACCGUCUUAGAAUUUGCGAAAGUUAGUAGACUUACCAAUAAUGGGAAUGUCUAAAGAAAAGCCUGAUGAUGCUGGAAAUGACUAUUUCAUGCAUUUAGAAAGUAAACGGCUGGAAUCAUUUAAAACGUGGCCUUUUCAAGAUGAUUGUUUAUGUACGCCUGAGAGAAUGGCUGCUGCUGGUUUUUAUCAUUGUGGCACAGAAAAGGAACCAGAUUAUGUCCGAUGUUUUGUUUGUCAAAAAGAACUAGAUGGUUGGGAGCCUGAGGAUGAUCCUUGGGUAGAACAUAAAAAUCAUUCAAAGGACUGUAAGUUUCUAAAAAUGAAGACUGCUAUACAAGAUCUAACGCUUGAGAAUUUUUAUAAAUUUCUCCUGAUUAUCAGAAAAAAUAAAGCGAAAAAGCAAAUGGAAGAGAGUAAAAAAGAAUUUGAAACCCUUGGACAGAGAGUUCGUGAAAAAAUGGAAGUUUUAUUGUGAACAGUUUUUUUUUCUUUUUAUCUUUGCUGCAUGAUCUGAUGUUUGUGAUUUGAAUGCUGAUUUUUAAGUGUGUUCUUCUCUUCCUCUUUAAAUCAAGAUUUUAAUAGAAAUUCGGUUUCAAUAGAAUAAACAAAGUUUUUAUUUGAUGGUAUUCAGAUUCCACAAAAGUAAAUAUGUAUAUAAUAUA